ACUUGCGCUUUGUGAUUGGUCCGGCGGCUUCUGGGAUCUGUCAUGUGUCCCAGGUACUGCCUUACCAUUCACAAAAAGCACCGCUUCUUGCGCAUGCGCACUUGGCACCCGGCUGUCAAGCCCAGAGCCCACACUACAGAAGCCGGGAAGACAGCACGCCGCUGGAUAGAGGAACAGGUAAGAUCAAAGAACAGCUCCGCGGAAAGCUGAGCUGACACGGCGGUGGUGGAAAUACCGGACCGACCGCUCUAUAUUCGCUCCAUAAGACGCACUAACAU